AUUUUGUUAUUUAUAGAUAUUGAUAUCAUCGUGUAAAUAAACUCAAAUACAAACAAUUUUAUUUUAUUGAUAUUUUGAUUCUGUACUAAUGCAAAAAUAAUGGUGAGCAGAAAUCAAAGGCCAAUUGGGAACUACUAUUUAUUAGGCCUAUUCCAAUUGAAAUAGCCAAUAGUCAAACAGUUGGCUAUAAAACGUCAUGGACACAAUUUUGACAAUAUUUUCUGUGCUGCUGCUGUUGAUGUUGCUAUCCAAUUUGGAUGCGUCAAACUUCAAGUUCACAAAUGUGGUCUGCGAUUCCCACAACAAGUCGUGGAUUGUGUUUCACGAGUGCCGUUUACGCGUCGUACAGCGUAAUAAUAUUACUGUUAAUCUGAAUGCAACUCUGUUGCAUCCUGUGACAGUGUUGCACAUAAAUACGCAAAUUCUAAAGAAAGCAAACGGUUAUAAGCCCUGGUUGGUAAACGUAACCAUUGACUUCUGCGCAUAUUUACGCAGGCGCAACAAUCCGACUAUUAAUCUAGUUUUUGGAUUAAUCAGAACGGUUUCAAACCUAUAUCACCAUUGUCCCUUCCAGGGUCCACAACUGAUAAGUAAUCUGUACGUAAGCCCUGAAAUGCUGCGCAUUCCGCUUCCUACUGGAGAAUAUUUAUUAUUGACUAACUGGAUGUUUGAAAAGCAGAUACAAGCUAUAACUAAAUUUUACUUCUCAUUCGUAGAGAACCUAUUAUAAAGAUAACGAUAGCGAUUUAAAGCUUAUGGAUAUACACAAUAUAAUAUAAUAUUUACAGAUGCGAUACUUCUUUCUUACUGAAAGUGUAAAAUUUCUAAUAAGUCAAAGCUCGACUUCAAACCAAAGCAUAAAUAUAUUAUUGUAUUUGGAGAA